AUGCCCCUCCUCACCGUACGCAACCAGCAGGUGCUGCUGAUACUGGCAUAUCUCUUCUACCUCAUCCUGGGCGCUAUGGUGUUCCAGCUGCUGGAGAAGCAGGCAGAGACCCACUUUCAGGAACAAUUCCAGCUGGAGAAGCUCAAGUUCCUGCAGAACUACACAUGUUUGGACAGGCAAGCCCUGGAGCAGUUUGUACAGGUCCUCAGGGAAGCAUGGGAGAAAGGAGUCAACCCAGAAGGAAACUCAACAAAUCACAGUAACUGGGACUUCAGCAGCUCCUUCUUUUUUGCAGGAACUGUUAUCACCACUAUAGGUUAUGGUCACCUGUGCCCCAGCACAGUGGCAGGGCAGAUCUUCUGUGUGUUUUAUGCCUUAUUUGGAGUGCCCCUCAAUGUUGCCUGCCUUAACCAGCUGGGGAAGGGCCUCUGUGCUCAUCUGAUUAGCCUGGAAAGAUGGGUGCAAAAGCCAGGCCGUGCCCAGGUAGUUCAAACACUGGCAGUGGCCAUCUUCCUGACCACUGGGACCUUGCUUUUCCUAGUGUUCCCCCCAUUGGUCUUCAGUCAUGUAGAAGGCUGGACCUAUGGAGAAGGUUUUUACUUCACCUUCAUCACCCUGAGCACCAUUGGAUUUGGGGACUAUGUAGUAGGCACAAACCCUAACAAGCACUAUAUCCCAGUGUACAAGAGCCUAACUGUGAUUUGGGUUAUUUUUGGCUUGGCAUGGCUGGCUCUGGUCUUCAACGUGGGAGCGGACUUGAUGGAAAAAUUCCUCCAGCUAAAGUGUCACAAGUCUGACUUAAACUUGGCAGAAGGAGACACCACCAAAUUGGAAGACGAACCUGAACAGCCUAGAAUCCACAUCCCAAGCGAGUAA